AUGCCAUUCUCCCCACUUACCUACUUCUCCUUUUUAAAUUCACACUUUCCUCUUUCCCUCUUACUACAUAUUUACCUCAUUCUCCCCUUGUACCUUAUUCUUCUCUCUUUCUCUUCCUCUUCCCCACUUCUUAUUCUCCGCUCUUGCCUCAUUCUCCCCUUUUCCUCUUUUUCCCAUUCUUACCUCAUAUCCCCUUUCUCUCCCCUCAUUCUUAGUUGUCUCCCCUCUUCCCUUAUUUUUACUUCAGUCUCCCAUCAUCCUUCAUUCUUAACACAAUCUCCUCUCUUACUUUCUUCCCACAUUCUUACCUCAGCCUCUGCUUUUACCUCAUUCUUCUUACAUAAUCUUUCUCCUCUUCCUUCAUUCUUCACCCCUUCCCCUUUUACCUCAUUCUUCUCUCUCUUCCCCUCUUACCUCACUCUUCUCUCUCCUUCCCUCUUACCUCAUUCUUCUCUCUCUUCCCCUCUUAUCUCAUUCUUCUCUCUCUUCCCCUCUUACCUCAUUCUUCUCUCUCUUCCCCUCUUAUCUCAUUCUUCUCUCUCUUCCCCUCUUACCUCACUCAUCUCUCUCUUCAUUCUUCCCUCAUUCUUCUCUCUCUCUUCCCCUCUUACCUCAUUCUUCUCUCUCUUCCCUGCUAUUCUUCUCACUCUUACUUUCUUACCUCAUUCUUCUCUCUUCCUCUCUUCCCUCUUUCUUAUCACUUCCCCUCUUCUCUCAUUUUUCUCCCUCUCUUCUUCCCUUGACAUUCUUCUUCUCUUCCCUCAUUCUUCUCUCUCUCUCUCCCUCUUCCCUCAUUCUUCUCUCUUCCUCUCUUACUUCAUUCUUCUCUCUCUUCCCUUCUUGCCAUACUCUUCCUUUCGCUUUAUUUUCAACCUAUUUCUAUCAAUUUCUUCGUUAACGCUAUUAACUUAUCAAUUUCUAUUGUUUCCAUCUAUUUUCUUUAGUUCUUAUCUGAAGAGAAUGAAACUGGCUUUCAAUUCAAAAACAUAUUCAUGA